GAGGAGCAGGAGACUCCUUACCUCAAUCACACCCCGAGGCCUUGAGACUCCGAGCUCCUCACCACAUGCGUCUAUAAAAAGAGCUUGCCUCCUCUUAGGAAGUGACAGCAGACCCUCUCCUAGCGAGCAUUUCAGCACAGUGCAGAGAGAAAGCAGAAGAGGAGGAGAGGGAUCACAGUUAAGAGUCACCACUGUGGAGGAUCCGUGGAUAAACGGAGGGAGAAAAACAAGAAGGGAGAAGAAGGAAACAUCUGGAAAAGCCUCACGCGUGUGUCUGUCCUCGACGCCAGGCUAAAUAUGGUGUGUCUAUGCUGGCUGUUCGUGGUAAUGAUGGCAUAUGCGUGCGUCCCUGGGUUUGGGUCGGUGUGCUGGGACAACGCUGUCUGCAAUGACCUGAGCAACGAGGAAAGAAUACUGGAAUGCAUUCACUUCUGCAAGUCUGUCCUAGAGACUGAAUUACCAGGUCUCAGUGCACUCGCCCUGAAGGUUAAUGGUGAAGAUGACCUCUUACUCAGCAUCAUUCAGGCCAACCUGGUCCCUGAGUCAGAUGUGAAAACCCACAGCGACCAGCGACGCUCCUAUUCAAUGGAGCAUUUCCGCUGGGGCAAACCCUCUGGCCGUAAACGUCGGCCUGUGAAGGUUUUCGCCUCCUCUCUGGAGGGAGGAGGUUCUUCUGAGGGCAGUUUUCCCCCUCAGGCCCGCAGGCAGCUGAGCAGUAAAGAGGAUGAAUCAAAGGGAGACCCGAAUGGAGAAAGUAAUAAAAACCAGGGCCCUUUGAGGUCAAAGGUUAGCUCCAAGUCACGUGUCCAGUUAAGCCCGCAGGAGAGAAAAGAUGGGACCUAUCGGAUGAGUCACUUCAGAUGGGGGAGCCCGCAUGUCUCUAAACGUAAUGACAAGGUUGCGAAGGCGUGGGAGGAGAGAUCUCUGAAGCAACUGGCCAGGUUCUUCAGGAACAUCAUGGUCAAGGAUAUGCAAAGGAUAAUGGGUUGAAUGGAGGGUUGAGAAGAUGGGGAGAGCAGGGAAAAUGGAAGAGUCUUAAUAGCCAUUGCAUGUUUAUACACACAGGUCUUAAACUACAAACACUUGUCACUAUCAUUAGCAUGUUGUUGAAUGCCUUUCUGGACCAAAGGUUUGUCUCUUUAACAACUUAAGUAAAGAUAAGAAACAAGGCAGUUUAAUGUUGAAUAAAACACAGUGAUGCACCCACAGACUGCCUUGACCCUCUUGGUCUGUACUUGGAAGCUUUCUUAGGAGUAUAAUUUUUAUAGUGGAAAAUGUUAUUAUUGAUGCAUGUGUUUUAUAAAUGGAGGUAAACAGAAUUAGGUGUGAAGGAAAGUAUUUAAAAAUCUAUCUAGCUCAUUUACAGAGUGGUAUCUUUUUGUAAAUUAACAUAAUAUUAAAGAAUGUUCUAUCUGUGGCAAACAAUAAUCAUAAUUUAUUUAUUUGUAACUGAGUGAAAAACAAAUGUGAAAACAUAAAAUACCUAUUAGAAUUUUACUGGUGACAGAUGGACGAGGCUGAUGACUUACAGCUCUCAUCCAGCUGGAGAUGAGAUGUUUGUUGUAACAAUUACAAAUGCUGCCAUUUAUGUGAGUUAUAUUAGAUUCUAAGCCAUGUAUCACAUCAGCACUGUGAUAGAGUUGGCAAAACAUGACCCUCCUUUUGAGGAAAACAAAUUAUGUGCACACGCUAAAGGGGCUGUGGUUAUGUUAGGUUGCAUAAUAAUCAUUACAUCAAAGCAAACACCUUUGGAAAACAUGUCAUUUUCUAAACAGAUUGUAGCCCAGAGGUAAAACUAUCAAUAGCAAUAUGCUGG